AUGAAGCUCUUGGUGCUGCUGGUUUGCAACCUCCUGGCGUGGAGGGUGGGCGAGACGGGGUCGGAUGCUCCGGAGAAGUUGUCCGCGCUGGCUCCGGGAGCUCUCAGCAUGAAGGAGACUUUCCUGGUGCUCUCGCUGCACAACAAGCUGAGGAGCAAAGUGCAGCCCCCCGCCGCCAACAUGCAGAAGCUGGAGUGGAGCCAGGAGCUGGGGCGGCUGGCGGGGGCGCGGGCGGCCAGCUGCCUGGAGGGCCCCGCUCCGCCGCCGGCCCCACAGCUGGGCUGGAGCGAGGCCCUGCUGCCGGCGGGCACCGGGGGCUUCGGGGCCGUGCUGGAGCGCUGGUUCGCCGAGGGCCGACGCUACGACUACGGGACGGGGCGCUGCGCCGGCAAUGCCACCUGCCGCCAUUACACCCAGCUGGUGUGGGCCACGGCGGGGCAGCUGGGCUGCGGCCGGCACCUCUGCACCGGCGGCCAUGGCCCCAGCGAGGCCUUCGCCUGCGCCUACUCCCCGGGGGGCAACUGGGAGGUGGCGGGGAUGCCCGUCCUGCCCUACAAGCAGGGGCCUUGGUGCUCCCUCUGCACCGCCGGCCUCUCCGGCUGCUUUAAGUCCUGGGACCACGGCGGCGGGCUCUGCGAGGUGCCCAGGAACCCCUGUCGCAUGAGCUGCAGGAACAGCGGGCGCCUCGACAUGAGCAGCUGCCAGUGUGCCUGUCCCCCCGGCUACACGGGCAGGUACUGCCAAGUGAGGUGCAGCGGGCAGUGCCUCCAUGGAAAGUUCAGGAAGGAGGAGUGCUCCUGCCUCUGCGACGUGGGCUACGGCGGCGCCGAGUGCGGCACGAAGAUUCAGUUCCCUUUCCACGCCUGCGACGUGAGGAUAGACGGCGACUGCUUCAUGGUGUCCCCCGAGGCCGACACCUACUACGGAGCCAAAAUAAAGUGCCAGGAGAAAGGGGCGAUGCUGGCCCAGAUCAGAAACCAGAAGGUUCAGGAUAUCCUGGCUUUCUACCUCAGCCGCUUGGAGACCGGUAACAGGGUGACAGACACCGAUUUCGAGACUGGGAAUUUCUGGAUCGGUCUCACCUACAAGACGUCCAAGGCUUCCUUCCGCUGGGACGUGGGCGAGCCAUCCUCCUUCACCAGCUUCGCUUUUGGGCAGCCGGACAACCAGGGGUUUGGGAACUGCGUGGAGAUGCAAGCGUCGGCUGCCUUCAACUGGAACGACCAGCGCUGCAAGACCCGAAACCGGUACAUCUGCCAGUUUGCCCAGGAGCACAUCUCCCUGUGGCAGCGGGACCCCUGA